AUGUCUACUGACAAGAUAACCUUCCUGACCAACUGGCACGCGACCCCGUACCACGCCCCCCUAUACCUUGCACAGAGCAAAGGCUUCUUCAAGGAAGAGGGCCUCAAGGUUGCUCUGCUCGAGCCCAAUGACCCCUCCGAUGUCACCGAGAUUAUCGGCAGUGGCAAGGUUGACAUGGGCUUCAAGGCCAUGAUCCACACUCUGGCCGCCAAAGCUCGCAACUUCCCUGUCACCUCGAUCGGCUCUCUUCUCGAUGAGCCGUUCACUGGAGUCAUUUACCUCAAGGGUAGCGGGAUCACCGAAGACUUCCGCUCUCUGAAGGGUAAGAGAAUUGGUUAUGUCGGCGAGUUUGGCAAGAUCCAAAUCGAUGAGCUCACCAAGUACUACGGCAUGACGGCGGACGACUACACCGCUGUGCGCUGCGGCAUGAACGUGACCAAAGCGAUCAUCGAGGGCACAAUCGACGCGGGGAUUGGUCUCGAGAACGUGCAGAUGGUCGAAUUGGCCGACUGGCUGGCGAGCCAGAACCGACCGCGCACCGACGUGCAGAUGCUGCGCAUCGACCAGCUUGCGGAGCUCGGCUGUUGCUGCUUCUGCUCCAUCUUGUACAUCGCCAAUGACACCUUCCUGGCUGCCAACGGCGAGCGCGUUCGCAAGUUCAUGAAUGCUGUCAAGCGUGCCACCGAGUACGUCCUCGCUGAGCCCGCCCAGGCCUUCGAGGAGUACGUCGCCAUGAAGCCCAUCAUGGGCACCCCGGUCAACCGCCAGAUCUUCGAGCGGUCGUUCGCGUACUUCAGCCGCGACCUUAAGAACGUCCAGCGCGACUGGAACAAGGUCACCAACUACGGCAAGCGGUUGGGAAUCUUGGACGCGGACUUCCAGGCGAACUACACCAAUGAGUUCCUGUCCUGGGAUCUAGAUGCCGAUUCCACCGAUCCGCUGGGCGAUCAGAAGCGCAUGGCUGAGUUGCAGAAGGAGGUGGCUGAUCAGGGCGGUUUCCGCCGGCUGCAGGUGGCCUCUGCUUGA